AACUAAACUGUCAAAAUCUCCUCACAAAUCGUUCGUCGUUGCGAAAAAAUGGUGGACGUGGCCGAAGUUGACUAAGAAAAGUGUAGAAUUUAAUUGAGUUUUCUUGCCUUGCUGCGGAAGAAAUUGUUCGCGUUACGUGAUUUUCCCUAUUCCUAAGCGAUUUCCGGAUGAUAAGUUCCGUUUAAGCGUUGCGGGAGUGAAAUAUUUACAAAUUAUUUUGGUUUUGUUUUCUCCCAAAAAUUUUCUGGUGACUGGUAGUGAUUGAUGAAAAAUAUUUUCUCGGUGAAAGUGAUUCAAUUUGUAAACGUUAACGAACGGGGGGGACCCGUAAGCAAGAUUUCGUUUUCCAAAGUGGAUUAAAUCAUUGGAUAAGGGAUAAUGUCCGAGGGAAAAGGAACCCUUCCGCCGUCUUCGGCCAACUCUACGGCCGCAGGAGGGGCUGGGGGCGCAGCAACUGUGUCCUCCCAAUCUGAACCUGACAUGAAAGGGUGGUUACUCAAGUGGACAAAUUACCUCAAGGGCUACCAAAAACGGUGGUUCGUCUUGUCCAAAGGUGUUCUUUCCUAUUACAGGGCUGAGCAUGGAACCGGACCGAUUGCAGGGGGUCGCAGUGCCGGGGGCAAAUUAUCGAUACGACGUCGCAGGAAAGGCCCCCGAGCGGAGAGCAAAGGAUCCAUGAUGCAAUGUAUUCGACCGCCUCAUUCACCUACUAGACUGAGUUCCGUCCCACCGUCAGAAUCGAAAAAAGAUAAAAAGAAAAGAAAGAAAAACCAGGCGGAGAUGACACACACCUGCCGCGGCACAAUUUCCCUUCACGGAGCUUUAAUCCACACGGUUGACUCCUGUACUUUUGUGAUAUCAAACGGGGGAACGCAGCAAUUCCACAUAAAGGCUGCCAACGAGGUAGAACGACAGUCCUGGGUGACGGCUCUGGAACUGGCCAAGGCGAAGGCAAUACGGGCUAUGGAAAGUGACGAGGAAGAAGAAGACACGGCAGCCAAUACGAUACCAAGUGAAGAACUCAACCUAGUAGUAAGAGAGUUGACUGUUAGACUAGAAAAUUUGAAAACGUGCUAUGAUCUGAUAACGAAGCAUGGCAUGGCUCUACAGCGUGCCCUAUCGGAGCUGGAAUCCGGUGAAGAUCUAGCAAAUAAAUCGAAAAUUGUUAGCGAACGUGCGACGCUGUUUCGAAUAUCCUCCAAUGCCAUGAUAAAUGCUUGCUCCGAUUAUCUCCAGACGGCACAGACACAGGGCCACAAAUGGUCCAAGAUGUUGCAGCACGAACGUGACCAGAGGCUCAACUUGGAGGAGAUGGUCGAACAGCUUGCCAGACAGCAUUCACAUCUGGAGCAGGCUGCCAACCGUCACAGGCCAAACGCUGCAACUUCCGCUUCUGAUGACGAGGACAACGAGUUCUAUGAUGCACAAGAAGAGGGUGGUUCGGUCGCUUCACAGGAGGAAAGUUCGUUCAUUCUGAAAAUUCCAGUGGCCCAUCAUCACAAUCGUCGCAAUUCGAACGACGCCACUGGCAGUUCCUCUGAGGGCGAGGAAGGAAACAGUGAAACACAGCAAGUAUUAGUAGUUACCAACAGUUUGGACAAUAUGGACGUAACGGAUAGGAUAUCCGUGAACAGCAGCCAAGCGCUGACACCGACCUUCUCCAAUAACAACCAGUCCGCCAAAAUAGCACGAAAGCGCCGCACGCGAGUCACCGACAAACCAAACUAUCCAUUGAAUCUUUGGUCCAUCAUCAAGAACUGCAUCGGCAAAGACCUGUCCAAAAUUCCUAUGCCAGUCAAUUUUAACGAACCCCUUUCGAUGCUACAGAGAUUGACGGAGGACUUUGAAUACUCGGAAAUCCUAGAUAAAGCCGCCCAAUGUAAAGAUACCUGUGAGCAAUUAGCAUACGUAACCGCAUUUACCGUAUCAAGCUACUCGACGACAAGCAAUCGAACAGGCAAACCCUUCAACCCACUGCUUGGCGAAACCUACGAAUGUGAUCGGACAGACGACCUCGGAUGGAGAUGCAUCAACGAACAGGUAUCCCAUCAUCCUCCGAUGGCAGCCCAGUACUGCGAAGGACGCGGCUGGCGAUGCUGGCAGGAGUUUACGAUGACCUCCAAGUUCCGUGGCAAAUACAUUCAGAUUGUUCCGCUCGGGUAUGCGCAUGUUGAGUUCCCUGCGACCGGUAACAAGUUCACAUGGCGCAAGGUAACGACCACGGUGCACAACAUCAUUGUCGGGAAGCUGUGGGUAGAUAACCAUGGGGAUAUGGAGAUCUUUGGCGAGAAGAGCGCCAAGGGCGUCAAGUGUCAUCUGAAGUAUCUACCGUACUCGUACUUUACCCGGGAUACACAGCGUCGCGUCAAAGGUGUCGUAAUGGACAACUCCAGCCAGGUCAAGUGGGUCAUCAACGGUACCUGGGAUAGCAAAAUCGAAAUAGCUCCGGUCAUUUCCACCAGUGGCUCGGUGGAAAAUCCGGUGUACAAAACGGGUAACUACAAGACGGCCUGGAACCGCCGGUUGCCGCCCAACGACUCGGAUAAAUACUACAACUUCACGUUACUUGCCUGCCAACUGAACGAGCCGGAACCAGACGUAGCUCCCACGGAUUGCCGGCUGCGGCCCGACCAGCGCCUGAUGGAGGAAGGCAAGUGGGACGACAGUAACGGACAAAAAUUAAGACUGGAAGAGAAACAACGAGCCCGGAGGCGUGAGCGUGAGGCCGAAGCAGAACGAGCCGCCGCGGAAGGACGUCCCUAUCCACCAUACGAGCCGGUUUGGUUCAGCAAGCAGAAAGAGGAGGGCACCGACAAUCUGGUGCACGUGUACAAAGGUACCUACUGGGACUGCAAAGCCAAGCAGGAGUGGUCUCGCUGUCCCGAUAUUUUCUAAUGAGGCUCAGCCCAGUCCAGUCAGUCCAGAUAAGCACACAAACAAACACCAUCAGCUUUCUUCGGUUGUUGUUUGGUUCUUCUAUUAGUGACAAAUGUUUGGUUUUUGAAUGGGUUGGAAUGGGUCUAUUAUCUUAUUUGAUUUUCAUUGGAUCAUGCGCCAAAUCUUUUUUGACUGCGUGAGAGAUGAGAAAGAGUGAAAGUGUAAUAGAGGUUUUAUCAUUAAUUGUUCAAUUUCAGUUUAGUAUAAAACACAAGCAAACGCGAAACUCUAACUAGAACAGUUUAUGUCUUCUAGAUUAUAAAAAGCUAAUUGUUUACUAAAAUCAUUAAAAAUAAUCAAUUAAAAACAAAUGCUGUCUCAUACAUAUUUUGAGGUAUUCUUGUUAUGUUGUUCUUUACUUUUACCAAAAAAAAACUAUUUAAAACAGACAUAGUUAUUGAUACAAUCAAUUGCUGAACGAAGUGUAAUAUCACAGAUAAAAAUAGUAAAUCAAUCGACAAGGAUAUGCUUCCUCGAACGAUUUUUCGAAUUGAAAUGAUAGCGUUCAAAUGAUACCUUUAAAUUGCUAAACUCUUAUUGAGAACGGAAGAAGCAUGAACUUUUUGGGAAACCUUUACCUAAAUAUUAAACAAACAAACAAAAUACUGUAAACUAUAAAAAUACACUAUGGCUAGCGAAAAUUCAUUACUACUAUGGUUAUACAAAAAAGCAAACAAGGUAAAUUACGAAUUAGAUCGGUAUUUGCUAGAAAACACGCUAUGAAUAUUUUCUAAACUUUCGAGGGAAGGUGCAUAUGAACUAUACACACACACAUUUUCCUGGUGGAACUCAAAGGUAUUUGAAUUGGUUUAUGGAUUCGUAGGAAAAUAAUUCUACAAUGUGAUUUUGUGACAUAAGUUUUUUUAAAGGUUCGUCUAGUAAACUUUAAUUAAUUCGUUUCCUUCCAUUAUUUCAACUGUUCAAAACUUGCAAAAACACACAAAUAUAACCUACUCCAGCAAAGUUAGCGUACAGGUCAGCCAUACAAAGUAUCGAAUUAUACACCAAGAUUUUCAACCUUAACUAAAAAUUUCGUGAGUCAAAAGCAAACCUGAAAUAGCAAUCCGUCGAUCAUUUGGAACCGGAAAAACGAAGAUUAAACACUCAAACUUGGGUAUAAAACAAAUACAGUAAAUAAACUCAUGUGAAAUAGAUAAAAACAAAGUUUCAGCCUAAAUAAAAUAAAGCGAGUAAAUUAAAAAAAAACAGGUGAAUAAAAAAAAAACGAAGUCGUUCAUGAGCACUAGGAAGGUGUCGAGUAACUACGCUGAUAAUAUAUUAGGAAAAACGAUUUGUUGAAGCGGUAAUCAAACCGCUGAAUACCUGGUUGUCGUUUCUGAACAUUGUUACUACAUUGGAAACAGUUUUUAUAUUUGAGGUGCAAUCGGUGUAUCAACAGGGUUCAGAAGAGAUAACCUUUUUGUGUUCAAAAAUAUAGUUUUGGCAUGACCCGCAGCAAAAAAAGAAUCCCUAUAAUGAUUACACUAACCCCGAAAGAGACACGAAAACAGAUGAUUUAGAGAGAUAAAACACAUACACACACAAACACACCUAAGGACAGACAUUACUAGUUGUUAUGCUUAUGAAGCUAUUGAAUAAAAGUAAAAAAUAUAUGAUCCGAAACGAA